UCACACAAAAUGGAAGACAACGGCCUACGCCCCCUCAACCGCUUCAUCACAGACCACGACUCACAAGGACGAACAACGUUUCAAGAGAAAAUCCCCGAACCCCUUGCGUGGCAGCAGUUAGCCAACGGCGCGCGCUUUUCACUCGGAUAUGCUACAAAUGAAAUUCCAGUCGAUUUGGCCAACAGCAAAGACGUGAACACCUACCAGGCCUACCUUCGCGACCUCCCCGGGGUGGCAAUCCCAGGCGGCACCGUUUUACGGGUUGUGGAUAUGAACCCGGGCUCGAUUUCGCCCAUGCAUCGCACCGUCAGUCUCGAUUAUGGCGUUGUUCUAGAAGGAGAGGUGGAGCUGGUUCUUGAUUCGGGCGAGACGCGACUUCUCAAGCGCGGCGACAUUAGCAUCCAACGAGGUACCAACCACGCGUGGAGGAACCCAAGUACCACGACCUGGGCGCGUAUGCUCUACGUACUUCAGGAGGCUCAGCCAUUGCAGUUCAAUGGAGUUGCGCUGGAAGAGGAUUACGGCGGUGGGAUGGAUGAUGUGAAGCCAUCUAAAUAAGGGAGCCUCGAAGCAACCGUGCAGGGAUCGUUUGUUGUUGGGAAUGUUAUUAUACAAGCUAGA